AUGCAUAAGGUGAAUCUGGACUGGCCUAGUGGUUAUAACUUGACCUGUUCUUCCAUGAGUUGCCCACACUUCUGGAUUAAUAUUAGCUUCCACUGUGGGGAAAUAAAGGAUUUGUCCUCGGGCUAUAAGAAUGCUGACCCCAUACCUGGCAGUCGCCCUCAACGGCCUCAGUACGUCAAGCGACACGCCCUCCGGCCUCUUCCGGCGCUUCUUUUAUCACCGCAGCCGGAAGCCGAGCGGCAGAGUGGGCGGUCUGGCUUUCGGGCCGGCGGCGGACUGCGUGGCUUUGUGGCCGCGCGCUGGCGCUGCAGGGAGGGAUGCUGUGCCCCUGGGAGAGCCCGUCGCGGGAGCGCAAGGAGCUGGACAGACUCUGGAGCUUCCACGCUGACUUCUCGGACGACCGGCGCCAGGGCUUCCAGGAGCAGUGGUAGCGGCUGCUGCUGCGCUGAGUUCCUGUUCUGGGCUUCAUUCUGCAUGACCCAUCUCAGCAGGAGGGCCAGGGACCUCAUCCUCUAUGGCACCAAGGAAUUCAGCUUCCUGCAGCUCUCAGAUGCCUACAGGGCCCCUGAGAAUUAUGCUAAAUCUCUUCAGCCUGUGCUCAAUAAAUGGAAGAACAAAGGUUGGAUGACAGCACAUCUGUUUACAGCAUGGCUUACUGACAAUUUUAAGCCCACUGUUAAGACCUACUGCUGAGGAUCCAAGAUGACUGAAUAGGAACAGCUCCAGAAUGCAGGUCCCAGCAAGAAC